AUAUACAGGGGACGCGCAUCCGCGCCGGGAACGAGCUUUCGUCGUAUCUAACUCAUUCCACGUUACAUGUUUAUACGCGCUUGUAAAUAUUUGCCCGCGACUGCAACUGUAGAUCGGGAGCUGCGCGUGACAUCCCGAGACUGUCUCACGCACUUCGGAGGACCAGUCGCUGACUUGCCGCCUCUUCUGAUCAACGGGUCGCCGUCGACGAUGACAACUUUAGCGAACGGACAGGCGGACGCCGCGGUGCACGUAGCGGCUGGCGCGAACGGGCUCGUGAACGGAAUAAGCCACGGUCACGGCGCGCCGGGCUGCGCCACCAUUCCCAUGAAGGACCAUGACGCCAUCAAGCUGUUCGUCGGCCAGAUCCCGCGCAACCUGGACGAGAAGGACCUGCGGCCGCUCUUCGAGGAGUUCGGCAAGAUCUACGAGCUCACCGUGCUGAAGGACCGAUUCACGGGCAUGCACAAAGGCUGUGCUUUUCUCACAUACUGUGCCAGAGAGUCAGCGCUGAAAGCCCAGACGGCCCUGCAUGAGCAGAAGACAUUGCCAGGGAUGAACAGACCAAUCCAGGUGAAACCUGCCGACAGCGAGAGCAGAGGAGAAGACAGAAAGCUGUUCGUGGGCAUGCUGAACAAGCAGCAGUGCGAGGACGACGUGCGGCGCUUGUUUGAGGCCUUCGGCAGCAUCGAGGAGUGCACCAUUCUCCGAGGCCCUGACGGAAACAGCAAAGGCUGUGCGUUUGUGAAGUACUCCUCUCAUGCAGAAGCUCAGGCGGCCAUCAGCGCACUCCACGGCAGCCAAACCAUGCCUGGUGCCUCUUCCAGUCUGGUUGUGAAGUUUGCAGACACAGAUAAAGAACGCACCAUUCGGCGCAUGCAGCAGAUGGCUGGUCAGAUGGGCAUCUUCAAUCCUAUGGCCCUGCAGUUUGGAGCGUAUGGAGCCUACGCACAGGUGCAGCAGCAGGCAGCAUUGAUGGCAUCUGUAGGACAGGGAGCGUAUCUCAGUCCUAUGGCUGCGUUCGCGGCAGCUCAGAUGCAGCACAUGGCCACUAUCAAUGGCCUGCCAGGAGCCCCCAUGACCCCUACAUCAGGAGGUAGCACACCCCCUGGCAUUACCGCUCCCACGGUGACCAGCAUCCCCUCUCCAAUCAGUGUUAACGGUUUCACAGGACUGCCCCCUCCACAGGCUAACGGCCAGCCGCCCACCGAGGCCGUGUUCACCAACGGGAUCCACCCGUAUCCAGUGUUGCAGGAGGUGGUUUUUAGGGAAGACUCGGAGAAGGGCGGCUUGGGCGUCGCUCAGCGGAGUUGUUUUGGGGUACAGGGAAGCUGUUUCCUCUCUUCUCUAUCUGAAGCCCAGAGUCCCACAGCAGCUGAUCCCCUUCAGCAGGCAUAUGCAGGAGUCCAGCAAUAUGCAGCAGCCUACCCAGCUGCAUACGGACAGAUCAGCCAGGCCUUCCCUCAGCCUCCUCCUAUAAUCCCCCAGCAGCAGAGAGAAGGGCCGGAAGGCUGUAACCUGUUCAUCUACCACCUCCCUCAGGAGUUUGGGGAUGGCGAGCUGAUGCAGAUGUUCCUGCCUUUCGGUAAUGUCAUCUCCUCCAAAGUGUUUGUGGAUCGGGCGACAAACCAAAGUAAAUGCUUUGGCUUUGUGAGCUUCGAUAACCCAGCCAGUGCCCAGGCUGCCAUCCAGUCCAUGAAUGGCUUCCAGAUCGGCAUGAAGAGACUCAAAGUACAGCUCAAAAGGCCAAAGGAUGCCAACCGCCCUUAUUAGCCCCGCCCCCUGAUGUCCCUCACCCUGGAGGUGAAGGCCACUGUAGCACUGGGGGAACAACAGGUUUUGUAGAGUGGGAACACGUGUUGAUGACAUGACUAACACACAAAAGAGACACAAAAGGACAAGCUCAACGUGGCUGGUGGUGUGGACGUGAGACUGAGGGGACGUGUAUUGGACAUGCGGCGACGCCACAGCGCACGACACAUCCAUCACCUGCUAAAAGCUCAGUGGACCUUUAGGAGCUCGUUGGAAACUCGGGAGAACUGCCGUGUCCCACAACCAUAUCGGACUCCCUUUUCUAAGUCUCCACAGCCUGCCUGAUAGGAACCCUGCUCAUUUAGAACCACCGAAAAAUAUAAAAAGAAUAAAUAAAUUUUUAAAAAAAAUUAAAAAGAAGAACAACAGAAAGUGACUCGACAAACAAGGCAAAAGAAAAAUAAAAAACUCUUUUGAAAAAUGCUGAAAAACCUUUAGGGGGAAGGGAUGUUGUGUUAUA